AUGUCAGUCAUUCUGUGGAACUCAUUAUGCCCAAGGCUCUUUAGGAGUCUAGAGGUUGGAACAGUAAUAUUUAUGCAGCAGUACUCUGUGAAAGAUUCAUAUCAGAAGAGAACGCAACCUGUUUCGUACUACCCAGACAUAAAAAUCUAUAAUGAAAUAGAUAUUUCUUUGAACCCUUGGAAACAUGCAGCUGAAAUUAAGGUUAUUCCACCAAAACAAAUAAAGCCUGAGUGGAAACUUCCUGAUAUUAAGUAUCAGUUUAUUACAAGGGAUAGGCUUGACACUGUGCCUAAUAGUUAUAUUUGUGAUGUCAUAGGCCUUGUCACCUUUGUUGGAAGAUGUGAAAGAAUCAGAAAGUCAGAACACGGUGAUGAUUUUUGGGUUCGACGAUUUGUUGAAAUGGUGGAUGAAACUAGUGCAAAACCAUUUAUUCUGGAACUUUAUUGCACAUCCCAACCAGAAAUUUACAGACAACUUCAUCCAGUGACUUUUUUAGUGUGCACUCAGAUGAGAGUUGUCAGGAACAAAUUCAAUAGCAUUACCUAUUUGACUUCAUCAUAUGAGACUCAAAUUUUUAUCACAGGUUAUCACAAGGGAAGACCAUAUACAACUGAUAACACAGUCAAAAGAUUCCUUCAUUGGGCAAAAUUACAAGAUGAGAAAGAUUUUCUGAGAAGGUCUCUAGUAGGAGGAUAUUAUUCUUCUCCUCUACUCCCAUCAAAUUUCAAGACCUACAGUCAAAAUAUGAAAGAAGUCAAUCUCACCACACUGCACAAGCUAAAAGAGGAACUAGAAGGUUUGUAUUACAGGGAGCAUAAACGUAUAGUCAUUGAAGGAAUCAUUACAGCUGUCAGAUAUACUACCAACACAUCUUCUAUUGGAGGUUCAAUGUACAAGAAAUACACUCAGAUCACCCUGAAAUGGAAGAUGUUGCAAAGUCCAAACCUUUCGAAUGGGAAAGUUCAAAGUGGUCUGAGAUUAAAGGUCAUUUGAAAGAAUUUCUAUCAUUUGGCCAACUACUUCCUCAAAGUUGCCCACAAAAAAUUUGAGGUAUGCAAAGAAGGAAGCAAUAAUGAGCCAGCAUAAUCUUCAUCCGUCAAGAUGUGACUCAUUUCUACUUGAUUCCAUCAGCAGUGCUGGGAAGUUCACAAACUGUCUGGACUCAUUGUUAUUAUACAUUGACCAUUGUUGGUAUGUAUUUAAUGUUGUGAUCAGGGAGAACUGUUCAUGCCUGGUUCUAUAUAACACACUUGUUUCACCUUUGACAGAUCUAAAUCAGGAAAUUGCUAUGGAUGUUGUACUUCUACCAUUGGGAACUGACAAGGCCUUCAGUAAUUCUUCAAGGAAUCACAAUUUUAUUUCCAUCCUUUCUGGUGAUUGUACUUCAGAAACACCAACCUUAAAUGGUAAUGUGAAUUCUAGCAUCCCUUCUUAAAAUUAACAUAAAAAGAAAUGGUGGAUCACAUGUUGGUGGGAUACAAAUGAAACUCUGUUACUUAAUAAUUGUUUAUAAAGAGAGUUGACUUUUAUUUGUUUGCAAGAAUAUCAAUGAAAGAUUAAUAAGUAAUACCAGUCUCCUAUCUGUAAUCGUGUCAUAACAGCAAAGCAUUUAGCAAAUCUCAUUGCAACACAUGCUUGAUACUAAUCAUAGAAAUUAAUUCCAUAUUUAAAUAAAGUAUUCUGUUGAAAUUAGUAAUUGGUUUUCAAGUAAAUUAGAAACAUAAAUUAUAUUAAUUAAGAAUUUAAUUAAGCAUUUCUUUGAAUUCUUUGGAAUCUUUAAUAUCUCAAAUUAGAGAUCCCUAAUGCUGAAUAGGUAUCUUUUAACAUAUGUUAAGCUGAUUGAUUUCUUUCUUAUUGAAUCAUGGAAGCAGGAUCAGAGAUAGAAGGAAAACACUUUAUGUGCAUUUUGGAUGUCUAUCAUCAUGGGAAUGAUCAAACAGAGGUUAUUUUAAACAGAGCAUACAAAAAGGAAUAAUUCAUUAUGAAGUAAAAACAACCCGCAUUUGUCUAGUGCUUGCCUAAUUCAGCAAGAUAUCUUGAAGUACUUUGUGUUAAGGAUGACAAACAAAUGGAUGCUGCAAGUGAUGGAUUGAAAGUUGCUUGUUUAAAAAAAGUCUCCCUUCUUAAGUACUAAUUUUAAAAAUUAAAACUUUCCAAAAAUAUAAUUAGCUGUCAUACUUAUGUGCUUAAAGUUUUUGUGAGUGGCUUAAGAAUCACUGAGCCUCGUAAUAUGGAGCUAAAAUAAAUUAAUAGUUCUUUAAUGUUCUUAUCUACUUAUUAAUUUGGUUUGCAAUAUGUAUGGUAGUAAGUUUAGUCAGCUACAUUUUUACAGAUAAUUCAUAAAAUCAACAAAAAUAGAUAUUUUAAAAAAUUUUUGCCUAUUUACCAACCAUCUUCUCUUUCAAAUAUAAUGAUGCUUGCUGAAUAUGCUUCUAUUUGUACCAAUGUACUAUCUCGCUUGAAGGGCCGUUCUUCACUUACGUACAAGCAUUGACUGAGUGUACUGAUCAGUAUUACAAUUAAGCCAGAUCCUGCGCUUGUUCAAUAUUCUGGUAUCAGUAUUCUGAACAGGAACAGAAAUUUGAGCUAAAAUUUAUUCUUGCUCCCAGGAUGUUGUGGCCAGUUGUACCACCCUAAGUAUAUUACAGCUCAUAUAAGUUAAGUCUACAUAGAAUGAUGAUCAAUUCAAGACCUUCUGAUCUUGUAACAUUCAAAAGAGCAAUGUGUUGUGUAAACAUUUUGCAAGCCAACUCAAAGAUUUUUAUGAAAAGAUUGAACAUAAAUUUUCCAUAUUAAUGUUAAAUGCAUAAUAUGUAAAAGCAAAAUUAUACUUAAUUUGCAAUUCUGAGCAAAUUAUAAGUUACUAGCUUCAGAUGUUCCUUGCAUAUUUAUUAUCUUGAAAGACGUAAUGAA